AUGAAGCCACUCCUGAUCCUGGCCCUGGUGGCCACUGCUGUUGCUUCCUCCGCAAACGAUGAUGAUGACAAGAUUGUCGGGGGCUAUACCUGCAAGGAGAACUCUGUGCCCUACCAGGUGUCCCUGAACUCGGGCUACCACUUCUGCGGUGGUUCCCUUAUCAGCAAGCAGUGGGUGGUGUCCGCGGCCCACUGCUACAAGUACCGCAUCCAGGUGAGGUUGGGUGAACACAACAUCGAUGUCCUCGAGGGGAACGAGCAGUUCAUUAACUCAGCCAAGGUCAUCCGCCACCCUCGCUACAGCAGCUGGACCCUGAACAACGACAUCUUGCUGAUCAAGCUGUCCUCAGAGGCCACUAUCAACUCCCAGGUGGCCCCCGUGCCCCUGCCCUCAAGCUGCGCAGCUGCUGGCACCUGGUGCCUCAUCUCUGGCUGGGGCAACACCCUCAGCUCUGGCCAGAACUACCCCGACCUGCUGCAGUGCCUGGACGCCCCUCUGCUGAGCCAGGCGGAGUGUGAGGCUGCCUACCCCGGGGAUAUCACUGAGAACAUGGUGUGUGCCGGCUUCCUCGAGGGCGGCAAGGACUCCUGCCAGGGUGACUCCGGGGGCCCCGUGGUCUGCAACGGGGAGCUGCAGGGCAUUGUGUCCUGGGGCUACGGCUGUGCCCAGAAGAACCUGCCUGGGGUCUACACUAAGGUCUGCAACUACGUGGACUGGAUCCAAGAAACCAUUGCUGCCAACUGA